UCUGUCAGUCUGAAGAGGCUCCAGCUCCGACAGCGAGUCUCUGAACUCAACCUGGACGCGUACGAUAAAGAACCGACCGACCAAUUUGGUUCGUCUGUUAUCGUCUUAACGGUAACACAUUUUAUCUAAUAAAAACAAAAAUUACUCCCCACUGUCGCAAGUUGUUGUAGUUUAAAACAGUCCGGGGUUCACUCUGCUGUGAUGCACGGGUUAGCCAGCUAACGUUAGCCGGAGAGAGCUAGAACCGUUAGGGGGGAGUAGCGGAGUCCGUGCUCCUUCUUUGAACCGUGUUUGGAGGGGUGAAUAAACCGGACUAAACAUGGAGAAAAGUAACCGUUUUGUAGAGCUGUACCACUAUCUCCAAGACCCACACCUCGUCGCCCGCUUCCAGCGCUUUUGUGGGGUUCACGGGACGUUUUCGAGAACCGUCUGUGCUGGUACCAAGGACCGGACUCACUCUCAGAACAACGGGGCUUGCCAUCACCACAGCGCGGGGAAUGAGGGUGAAAACUUGGCUGUUAUCGGAGCAGGAGAAGGGGAAAUACCAACAAGGAAGAGGGUUAUCGAUUCAGAAGUGGCGAACAUCAGUGAAAAACUCCCCCAAAACGGGGCAGUUGUUUCCACAGCGACUGCAGGCGGGGAGACGGUUGGUUUGGGGAGUAACGGUCGCAGAGUCGCCGGGGCCACCGAACCAGAGCAGCGGGAGAAGGAGAGCGGAGCCCCGGGGUGCAGCACGGUGAAACCCCGCCGGAAGAACUCUCUCACAGGCGACGCCGGGCAGGAGUUUCUCAUCCAGAACCGGUUUUUGUAUUACAUGUUCACUUUCGGGACCGAGCUGGGCAACGAGCUGUUCUACAUCACCUUCUUCCCCUUCGUCAUCUGGAGCAUCGACGCGUUUGUGGGCAGGAGGCUGAUCAUGGUGUGGGUCUGGGUCAUGUACCUGGGGCAGUGCACCAAGGAUGUGCUCGGGUGGUCCCGGCCAGCCUCACCACCUGUGGUCAAAGUGGAAGUGUUUUACAACUCUGAGUACAGCAUGCCGUCCACACACGCCAUGUCGGGCACGGCCAUCCCCUUCUCCCUGUUCUUCAUGACCUACGGCCGCUGGGAG